UGACACAUCGUCCUAACAGAGUAUAUGCUAUCUUUAUGGGAAAAGGAUAUACACAUAGACAAGAAACAGUGGCUGUGAAGACUGGAAUACUGUCUUGAAAUCUUGUCUCGUUUAAUUUCAGUGAAUUUUCUGGUUCAGGGUGACGCAAGUUUUCAGACAAUUGAAAGUGAAAGCAAAGACUGUCAGGCAUAACUGUAGAGCAACUGCAACUACCAGACAAAAUGGCAUCCAAGUCCUUUUCAGAAGAGGAUUUAUCCUGUCCUGUGUGCUACAAUAUCUACAAGGAUCCAGUUCUUCUGACCUGUACUCACAGCAUCUGUAACUGCUGCCUGCAGAAGUUCUGGGAAACCAAAGGUUCCAGGGAAUGUCCAAUCUGCAGGAGAAGGAGCUCAAGGGAGAUAUAUCCUCUCAACCGGGUUCUAAAGAACCUGUGUGAGACUUUCCAACAGGAGAGAAGUCAGAGAGAACCAUUCUGCAGUCUGCACCGUUCUGAACUCAAGCUUUUCUGUGAAGAUGACAAACAGCUUGUGUGUUUGGUGUGUCGAGACUCAAAACUCCACAAGAACCACAACUUCAGUCCUAUCAGUGAAGCAGCACUUGAGCGUAAGGAAGAACUGAAGAUCAAACUGGAGCCCUUACAGAAGAAGCUGGUCAACUUUAAACAAGUUAAAACAACCAGUGAUGAAACUGCCCAACACAUAAGAGUCCAGACCCAACACACAGAGAGGCAGAUCAAGGAGGAGUUUGAGAAGCUUCACCAGUUUCUACGAGAUGAAGAGGCAGCCAGGCUAGAUGCACUGAGGGAGGAAGAGAAGCAAAAGAGUCAGAUGAUGAAGAGGAAGAUCGAGAAGAUGAGCGGAGAGAUCUCAUCUCUUUCAGACACAAUCAGAGCCAUAGAGGAGGAGAUGGGAGCUGAUGACAUCACAUUCCUGCAGGGCAACCUGAAGUUUAGAGUCUGGGAGAAGAUGCAAGAGAUUGUUCAAUACACUCCUGUGACUCUGGAUCCCAACACUGCAAACCCACAACUAAUCCUGUCGGAGGAUCUGACCAGUGUGAGAUUCAGCAAUGAGAGACAGCAGCUUCCUGAUAACCCAGAGAGAUUUGAUAUGUAUCCCUGUUUCCUGGGCUCUGAAGGCUUCAACUCAGGGACACACUGCUGGGAUGUGGAGGUUGGGGACAGUGAUGACUGGCUCCUUGGAGUGGAGACAGAGUCUAGUCAGAGGAAGGGACUGAGUUUCCCCAGUGGAGUCUGUGGUGUGUGGCAUUAUAAUGGUGCAUAUGAAGAGCUCUCUCCAUCCCACCCACUCACUCCCCUCACAGUGAAGCAGAAACCCCAGAGGAUCAGAGUGCAGCUGGACUGGGACAGAGGAGAGCUGUCAUUCUUUGACCCUGAUAAUAACACACACCUGCACACUUCCCCACACACUUUCACUGAGAGAGUCUUUCCAUACUUUAUCACUAAGUCAUCUCUGAGGAUCUUACCAGUGAAGGCUGCAUUAACAGUAGAGCAGCUCAGUUAGAGUUCAGACACCUGCUGCAGUUCAUCUCCUGCAGGAGGGAAACACUGAGCAUUGAUGAUCAGGCAACAUUUUUAUUUUUGCAAUUUGUUUUGGCAUCACACAAUUAUAUUUCAUAGUUAUUUAAUUUUCAUAGGGAAUGCAAUAAGUCAUAUGGAGGAGGUGGGGCAAGAAUUCUCCUUAUUUUUUAGACUUUUCAUGAAAUGACUAGUUUUCAGAAACUCUACUAUGAUGGGCACCUGUUGCCUAAUAACCUGAUAUCUUCACGCCUGAACUGCUGUGGAGAUGAAUUUAUAAUGAUGAUUGGCUCAAAGAUUAUGUUUCAGAUCAAAAUAAAUUAUUAGAUUAUUAGAUAGGUCCUGCUCUCAUUAAAUAAAUUCAUAACCGGUGACAUGUUAAUAAUGUCUGUAAUCUAGAAUAUUGAGAUGAGUUUAUAAUGAUGAGUUUCUGUAAAAUGAAUGAAUGUAAAUGUAAAAUGUAAUAGAGUGUUCUGUUGGAAUGUGGAAUGUUUUUGUCCCUGCCAGCAUUCCUUGUUGUAAUCACUGAGACUGAUCAGGAGAUGGAACAGGAAUUCCUCUACAUCACUGGUCUUUCUUACUGAAGUUAAUUUUGUAGAGAAAAACAUUUCAGUGAAGAGACAUGUAGUAAUGGCUAAUGUCUCCAUAAUGAAAUAUAUAAAUAUCAGGUCAGGCUCAGACUGUUGAGGGUGCAGAGUUUAUCCAACCACAAUGGCUAUUUAGCAAGACGAGUCACGACAACAGCGUCCCCCAGAGUAGAAGAAUGAUUCCACAGGCUGUCCUAUAAGAAGUGCUGUUGGAAUAGGGUGUGGCAUUACCAUAAC